AUGGACUCUUCCACGAUAAAAGAAGAAUCAAAAUUGAAAAAAAAAAAUAGUCACUUCAAAUUGUGCUGGGCUACAUUGGAAGGCGAUUGGAACACUGCAGAAAGAAUUUACAACGAAGAUAAUAUUGAUACACAAGUUAAGCUAUCAAAGGAUGGGGACACCGCUCUCCAUAUUGCAGUUGUAGCAAGGCGCACUGGUUUUGUGAAAAAGCUGCUUGAACAAAUGAAUAAAGAGGAUUUAGCCGUAAAAAAUAAUGCUGGCAAUACGACCUUUUUUCUUGCAGUUGCGUCCAAAAGGGUUGAAAUUGUCAAGGCUAUGAUGGAGAAGAAUGACGACAUAGUAAAGAUUAGAGGAGACAAUGAUACGUUACCGCUUCACAAGGCAGCUCUAGAGGGAGACAAAGAGAUGGUAGAAUAUCUUUACGAAGCCACUGGAGAUGAGUUAUUAGAUGAUAAUGAUCGCUUCCACUUGCUCGUCAAUCUAAUAAACCACGGUUUGUAUGAUGUUGCAUUGGAUUUGGUGAAGAGGCAUCCACAGAUAGCUCUUGCACGUGGUAAAAAUAAGGAGUCAGCAUUGCAUCUCUUGGCACGAAUGCCUGUGUUGACACGUAUUUUAGAUUUUAACUCCAUUAGACUUUGCAAAGAUUCAGCCAUCUACAUGUACAAUGAAGUAAAAAGAGACGUGAUAAAGAGAUGUCCUCCAAUGCUUGGGAGGCAGCGGGUGAAGGAGGGGAAUGAGCUGAGCUUGAGGGAUCGAAUAAAUGAGAGGGAUGAACUGAUGAAUGAGAGAAAGCAAAGGCUCGGCUGGGGGUAUCGGAUUAAUGAGACGAAUCGUCAACUGCUUUAUACCGGUCAAGAGAUUCCCGAUUCAGCUUUCGAACUAGUCGAACGUCUUUGGAAACAAGUUAGGCUUUUGGAUGACUCCCAGAUUUUGGAAAUUAUUAGAAAACCUUGGUCUCUAAUAUUCGAGGCUGCAAAACAAGGAAACCUUCGGUUUCUAAAAAUAAUUUUCUCCACAUAUCCUGAUCUAAUGUUUGAAGUUGACGAAAAUCAUUACACCAUACUUCAUUUUGCUGUUAUGUAUCGUCGCGGUAAUAUUUUCAACUUCAUUUAUAACAUCGGUCGAUUUAAGGAUAUGGUGGUUCGUGACACAGAUAAAGAAGAGAACAAUAUCUUGCAUUUGGCUGCAAAGUUGCCACCAGUAGAUAGACCUGAUAUUGAAUCACCUGCAUUACAUAUUCAAAUGCAAAUUGACAAGAGGUGGUUUGAGGAAGUGAAGAGAAUUACGCAUCCAGUGUAUGCCGAAGCUAAAAAUAAAGAUGGGAAAACUCCUAGAGCUUUAUUUAGUGAACAACAUGAAGAGUUGAGGAAUAAAGCUGAUAAAUAUACCAAGAAGAUAGCAACUGCAUGCAUCAUGGGGUCAACACUUAUUGCCACUGUGGUUUUCGCUGCAUUUUCACGUUACCAGGUGGCACCAAUGAAAAUACAGGGACUCCACAUUUUGUCUGAAAAGCUUCCUUCAUAG